AUGAGGACUCAGUUGCCUUGCCUCCUCCUUCUCGCACUUCUUUCGGCCGUGAUCCUCCAGUCUCAAGCCCAGAAGGUUGAGCCGUAUCCUCCGCGGUCGGGUGAAUGGAUUCGGAUUAAGAAGGUGGGCGAAUACGACAUCCAGGACGUCGCUCGGUUCGCCGUGUCGGAGCACAACAAGCAGACGGGGGAGGACCUCCAGUACGUCCGGAUUUACAGGGGCUACAUCAACGGGCUGUUUUACAAGCUCUUCAUCCAGGCCACGGACAACGUCCAGGCCCGCAGGUACGAGGCGGUCGUGAGGGAUAGCGUCUGGAGCAAUCCCAAGGAGCUCAUCUACUUCAGGCGCUCGUCUUGA